AUGACCUUCUUCAACCCCGACACCGAGGAGCUCGACGUCCCCACGAUCCGCAAGCAUGCCGUGCGUCUAGCCAAGGCCGGUCUCGUCGGUCUGGUCACCAUGGGCUCGAACGGAGAGGCCGUUCACCUGACCCGGGAGGAGCGGAAGACCGUCAUCCGCGAGACGCGGUCUGCCCUUGUCGAGGCCGGCUUCCAGAACGUUCCCGUCAUCACCGGUGCCAGCGAGCAGAGCAUCCGCCUCACCAUCGAGCUGACCAAGGAGUCGGCCGAGGCCGGUGCCGAGUACGCAUUGAUCGUGCCCCCCAGCUACUACCGCUACGCCGUCGGCAACGACGAGACGCUGUAUGAAUACUUCACCGCCGUGGCCGACGCCUCUCCCCUGCCCAUCAUCCUCUACAACUACCCCGGCGCCGUCUCCGGCAUCGACAUGGACUCCGACCUCAUCAUCCGCAUCUCGCAACACCCCAACAUCGUCGGCACCAAGUUCACCUGCGCCAACACCGGCAAGCUGACCCGUGUCGCGCGCGCUCUCAACGCCAUCACCCCCGAGUCGCCCCUGGUGACUCCUCGCAAGAACAUCUCGACCAAAAAGUCCGAGAACCACCCCUACGUGGCCUUCGGCGGUAUCGCAGACUUCUCGCUGCAGACGCUGGCCUCAGGAGGCUCGGCCAUCCUGGCAGGUGGCGCCAACGUCAUCCCCAAGCUUUGCGUGCACAUCUUCAACCUCUGGAGCGCAGGUCGCUUUGCCGAGGCGGUCGAGGCCCAGCAGCUGCUGAGCGCCGCCGACUGGGUUCUCACCAAGACCGCCAUUCCUGGCACCAAGGGAGCCAUCCAGUCGUAUUACGGAUAUGGCGGAUACCCUCGUCGGCCUUUGGGACGUCUGAGCGCGGAACAGACCCAGGCUGUGGCCGAGGGAAUCAAGGAAGCGAUCGAACUGGAGAAGACGCUUCCUGACGUUGCGUAA